GUUUUAUUAAGAUUAAAGUAGUCAGAAAAAUUCUCAAAAAAAAAAAAAGUAGUCUGAAAAAACUCUUUUAUAGACAGUUCGAGAAUCAAUUGGAAGUUGUAAGCCAGAGUAGCUCUUACUAAAGCAAAAAAAACUCUCACAAAAAUCCAGAAACCAAACUGAAAUUCGUGGCGUUUCUCUCAGUAGAAGUCGAAGAUGGAAAGAGGAGAGAUGAUGAUAGAGGUGGUGUGCCCGUCCCUAUCCAAAGCAAUCCAAAUAGUUGCAGUAGAUGACCAGAAAGUAGACCUCGGCUCCAUAGCCCGGCCAUUAGGGCUCGACCCGAAUACCCUCAAGCUCAACGGCUACUUCAUCGCUAGAGGGCCCCAUCACAUCGCUUCUUCCCUCACCUGGAAAUCUAUUAUUGCCUUCUUCUCCGCCCGUCGCCUGCCCACCGGCGCCGCCGCUUCCGCCGCUCUCCUUGUCGACGGCAAGAUUGCCUCCAAAAGAUCCCACGACGUAGCAAAUGUGACCGGAGAAAUAGGGUGCUUUAGAGAUAGUAAAAGGCCACAGCACGACCACUGCAGUCGCAUUCCAGUAGGUUUGCACAAAGCUAGUUGGUUGUGUCUGAAGAGAAAGUGUUGGUUAGAAGACGAAGGUCGUGUGAAGAGAGCAAGAUUGGAUGAAGGCCGGUUUUCCUGCAGUAUUAUCAGCAAAAACUUGAAACGAAUGAGAAUUGAUGAGAUCGUUGCUGCUAUGCCUUUGAAGAAACUAAGAUAAGUAGAACCUCACACAUCUUCCUCACUGUAAAAAUGCCUAUUGUUUGGUUCUGCUGUAAACUGAUGUGUUUGUGUGUGUGUGAGAGAGAGAGAGAGUGCGUGUUAUGAAACUAUCAGCUUUUCAUAUGUGACAAAAAAUCUGUGGUGCUGGAAUACGAAUAAAUCAAGGAUACAAAACUGAUCACUAACUGAAUUUAGAUAAAUGUAUGAAGUUCAAACC